GUUCGCGGCUCUUUUGCACCGUCUCACGCUUCCACAGCAGGCGUCGCCACAGCUCACACAACACUUUUUGAACGCCAAUUUAAACGACUCACACCGACGUAUAUAUAUAUAUAUAUACUUUCUUCAUUGUGCGUUGUCAAGAGCCAUUGUCUUUUUCAUUUUCACCUCUUCAAGGCACAUCCACACCCACACCACCCACACCACCUGCACGCCAUCUUUUAUCAUUGCAGAAGAAGAUAGUGCUUCUUUUGCUUGUCUCUUUGUUCUUCGACACCCGCACACACAGACAUCAUCAUCGUCGUAAUGGACGCCACCUACAGCGAGCCAAGCAACGACGCCGUGGCGAUCAGCUACGCGGUGCUCAGCCUGCCCACCAAGGCGGCGAUGCGUAAGAAGGGCUACAACCCCGACCACACAAACUACAACGGCGGCGGCCUCGCCACCCACCCGCUGGCCACGUGGAAAACGUUCAGCCUGGCCGAGGGGUGCACCUACAAGGAUGCCGUGUCCGCGGUGCAGAAGGCGAACGACAAGCCGUGGGGGCCACUGAAGAUCCGCCUGAACUUCUCGGAUGGCCACUACGAGCAGUUCGAGCGCACCAACCCCGAGUCGAAAGACUCCUUCCGGAGCACCACGUCCUACAGCCCGAAUGCGGUGUUCAAAGCGGAAACGUUGUCCCUCUCCACGGCGCGGCGGGCGCAGCAGGAGCCGCGGCUGAAGCCGCUGGUGAACGCGGGCGGUCACCACCUCAGCAGCAAGCCGAUUCCCCGCACCUUCGCACCGGAGGAGCUGUACAAGAACACCCCGCCGCCGGUGCUGUCGCAGGCGGGCUACGACUUCACGCCGAUUAGCUACAACAGCUAUCUGUUGAGGCCGCAGGACCCGCCACAGGGGGUGCGCGACGUGCGCAGCAACUUCAUGCACAGCAGCUGCGACUAUCGGCCACGCGCUUACCUACGCGCGGAGGGCACCACGACCGGUGCCGAGCACGUCAGCCGUCACUGCCACUGCAAUGAAGUGCUGCAGGUCGGCGACUACACGAUGGACCUCGCACGGGAGGCCGACACGAUUGAUCACCGGAACCGUCUGACCAAGAAGGAGUACUCGCCCAUCGGGACGCUGAAGGCGAACUCGUCGGUGGUCGGCUGCCGCCACGCCCGCCAGCCGCGUUUUGCCUGCACCGGCACGGCGUCGGCGAACGCGACGAAGACGCAGGAGAGUUCCGCGGUGCCGCAGCUGGACGCAGCGGCGGCCUCCGAGGUUGCUGCUUAG